AAUUACAGAAACUUGGCUGGUUUCCACGUGCUCCUGGGGACUCUCCUCCUCACUCUCCAUUCCCCACUUACUUCAAUGCCGAUUUUCUUUUUAACAUUCAUCAACACACCUUACCACGUUUGACCACCUUCUCUCUCUCUCUCUCUCUCUCUCUCCCCUUUUCUACCCCCUUGAGUGUGAGAGUUUUUUUUCUUUGUUAAGCCAUUUUCUUGCGUAGAAGCUGUAGUUUUCAAGAGUUUUAUGCCAUAUAUAAGAGGAAACUCGGAACCCCAGAUACCAAGAUUGUCUAUAUUUUCACCUGGGUCGCAAGAUUUUGGAGUAAAGUGAAAUCUUUCUUCAAGAUUUUGAACUUAAAAUGGUGAUGGAAGUUGUGCAUGAAGAUAUGGGGGACGGCAACAUGCAAUGUAUAAACCAUCCAUACAAAAACAGCACCCCCGGUGGGAUCUGCGCUUUUUGUCUUCAAGAGAAGCUCGGAAAGCUUGUUUCUUCCUCAUUUCCUGUGGCUGUUUUCCCUUCUUCUUCCUCGUCUUCUUCUCCUUCUUUUAGAUCUGAUUUUGGUGGUAGCAAUACCACCUCAUCCGGCGGAGCCGCCACUGUCGGCACGGUCCUUCAGGUCCGCCACCUUGCUUCUUCGUCUGUCAACUCUCAGAGUGGAGGCAAUGACUGUAACUAUCACGGGCUUUACACAAGGCGAUCAAGAUUGCCUUUUGUUUUGACACACAAGAAGAAGAAAAAGAAGGAUGGAGUGGCGAUGGCGAUGGCGAGUUCAGACUCCAGCAGCAUUGUUUUCAAGAGAAGCAAGUCUACUGCAACCCCAAGAAGAGGCAUCCAUUUCCUGGAUGAAGAUUAUAGUCCUCACAGAAGAGGGUUCUGGUCAUUUCUUUACACGUCGAAGCACUCUACUUCUAAGAAAAGUGAUAAGCACUUGAAAGCUUUGAAGUUGGCAUCAGCCACACCUAGUACUGUGAGUAGUACUGUGGCAUCAUCAUCUGUGAAUGGUGUUGGUGGUGCAAUUAGAUCAAGGGAGAAGAAAAGGGAAGAUUUUGUGGUGGUGGGUGAGAAUGGAAGCCCUGAUCAGGCUGCAUUUGACAGGAAGGUGUCAAGAUCCAGAUCUGUUGGUUGUGGGAGCAGGAGCUUUUCAGGAGACUUCUUUGAGAGGAUCUCAACUGGCUUCGGGGAUUGUACUCUCCGCAGAGUGGAGUCCCAGAGGGAAGGGAAGCCUAGACUGCACUCAGUUCAAAGGAAUGGUGGAAAUAGUGGCAAUAAUGGGCAGGAUUGCAUUAAAGAAAGAGUAAAAUGUGGUGGGAUUUUCAGUGGAUUUAUGAUAACGUCGUCAUCAUCUUCUUCAUCAUCUUCUUCUUAUUGGGUUUCAUCUUCAGCUGAGGAUAGUAAUGUGAAUGGGAAAUCAAUUUCAUCAGUGAGGCAUGUUUCUCAUGGGAGGAGCAGAAGCUGGGGUUGGGCACUUGCAAGUCCUAUGAGAGCUUUUAGUAAGCCUUCUGCUGGGAAACGGGACGCUGCUUCCAACAAGAAUGUUACGCCAAACUUGGCUGCAAUUCCUUCCUUGUUGGCUGUCAGUGGCUGAAGAAGAAAGAAGAUCUUUAGAUAUUCCAAGUAAAUUGGCUGAUACUAUUAUUAUACAUUUUCACAUUCUUGGUUUGAUGUUUCACGUGCUUGUUACUCUGUUCAUCCAUGUUUGGCUCUGCUCAAUCAUUCUUGAUGCACUUUUGAUGUUAAUGUUAAUUUAUUUAUUGUAGUUUCAAUUAGUUUUCUGUUACUAGAAUUUGUAUGAGAAUCUGAAUUGUAUUGAAGUCAUCUUUGUAUAUCAA